CUUUUUUCAAUGACAGUUAAAAGUAUUAGAUCACAUGACAAAACAUUGUGAUCAUGGGUUGGAAAUGGAGCUGACGUUUCUUACCAAGAUUUAUAACAUUGCCUGCUGGACUCUAUUGUUAUUGUUGAUCUCGGAGACUGCAGGAGGUACAGGGUAUGAGCUGACUGCCAACUGUACAGUGCAUUACGUAAAAUGUGUAACAUGUGGAGCAGGCUCCUUUGCCAACAGUUCUGUUGAAGAAUGCUACUGUUGUCCAACAUCCGCUCGAGGUCAGUGCUAUAACCGAACUUCCUGUCAGGAAUGCAGGGAGGGUCACUAUCAGCCCCAGGCAGCCCAGAUCUCCUGUUUCCCCUGUCUGAAGGGGUUCUAUACUAGUGAAAAAGGUUCUACAAACUGCACAGCAUGUGAAGUGGGACAUUUUGCUAACGAGACCGGUCUAUCAGACUGCUAUCCAUGCUCACCAGGAACAUUCCAGAACAUGAGCGGACAAGCCGAGUGCAGCCAGUGCUCGGAAGGACAGUACCAGGAUGUGGCAGGACAAAGUGGGUGUCAGAAUUGCACCAAAGGAACAUUUCAGGAUCACCUUGGGCAGUCCCAGUGUGUAGACUGCCCUCCGGGAUCCUUCCAGAAUCUGACCGGUCAAUCUUCUUGUCACAAGUGUCCCCAAGGACAUUUUCAGACUGAAAACAGCAGUAGCAACUGUGACCCCUGUCCGGAAAAUUCCUACUGCAGAGAACCUGGAUGUGUUAACUGUUCCCUCUGUCCAGCCGGGACGUACGGGAAUGGAUCCACAGGUCUGGUGGACUGUCCAGUUUGUAAUCCAGGGAGUUUCUCUGCAACCAAUGGUUCUAGUAAAUGUUCGCUGUGUCCAAAAGGGUAUUAUCAGAAUAAAAGUAACAAAACCCGCUGUGAGCCGUGCGCUGCAGGAUCUUACUGUAGUGAUGAAGGUUGUCAAACGUGUGGAGCAUGUGCCAAAGGCCACGAGACCAGAGAAUUGAAUAGCACCAAAUGUGAACCAUGUCAAGAAGGUUUUUACAAAGCUGAGCCAUCAAUAAAGCAGUGCACGCAGUGUGAAGAUGGCUACUACACUACAGAGACGGGGUCCACCUCCUGCAAUAUCUGUCCCCAGGGUUACUAUUGUCCUUCAGCAUGGGCUACCCCUAAGCUCUGCCCUGUGUCGGCCAUUUGUCCAGCAGGAAGUUCCUCACCAGAUUCGUGUGACAUUCCAUUUUUCUCUGCUGACACGGAAACACAGACGUGUCAUCCGACGGAAGAACUCAUUGCUCUGAUUGUAGGAGUUUCUGUGGUGGCUUUCAUUAUUUUGGCUGUGAUUGUGUACAAAAUACAUAAAUCAAGAAGAGUACGGAAUUUCCAAGAAGAAACACAACCAUUAACUACAGCCUCCAAAAAUAUAAUCUAUCAGGGAUUAUAGGAACUAAAAAAAAAAGCAGAGCUGCAAAUCAUGAACUUACAGAAACAGAUUCACCACACAGCCUCCAAAAAUAUGAUUUAUCAGGGAUUAUAGGAACUGAAAAAAGCAGAGUGACAAAUCAUGAACUUACAGAAACAGAUUUACCACACAGAUACAUGAAUAUAAUCUAUCAGGGAUUAUAGACACUAGAUAGAAAUCAGAGUGACAAAUCAUGAACUUACAGAAACAGAUUCACCACACAGAUACAUACAAGUGUUCGGAAAGGCAAUAUGGAUUCAUUUGUCAGCAUAUCUUCAUUACGCAAAAAGCUGACAACCAUCAUACUCAUUAACAGAAUUGAUAACAGUUCCUAGGAACCAUCAUAUUCAUUAACAGAAUUGUGAACAGUUCCUAGGAACCAUCAUACUCAUUCAUUCCUGUCUUUGCCUGUGAUUCACAUCGUUGUGUUUACAAUCAAGUCUUUUGUGUUAAUGAAAUGUUUUCUGAGUGAAAUCAUUGAAAAUGCUCAAACACUGUUCUCCAGUACUGAACCCCCCCAACCCCUCCAUACUCUUAGCCAACUGUAGGUAAAGGUCUAGGUAAACGAUUCUAAUAUGAAAUCUCAUUUUCUGUCUGUCCAUUAUCUUUUCUAUGAGGUACCGUUUUGGACUUAUUACGUUUUAGUGAUGUCACAGUAAGGAUGAAGUGAUGUUGCUUAUUAGUUUAGGAAAUAUCACAUACUCAAUUUGAUUAGGUGAUAUUACUUAAACACUUCAUCAUUUAUGAUAACACUUUAAUAAUCAUUUUGUUUUGGGGUUUUAUUAAGUAGACAUCACUCAACUGAUUCAUGGUGACUCAUUACACUAAAAUUUUAUUUAACAGCUCAUUAAAACAUGAUUUUACCAUUGAAAGAGUGAUACAGGCUCUCAAUUAUUUUAUACAAAUUUUUUGUGAUUUUUUCCGGAAUGAUAAAAAAGGUAUAUUUUAAUUAAUUAACAUAAAGAAUGAAAUAGAUUACAAAAGAAAAUUCUGGUCAUAAGUUCUUUUGUAAAACGUAGUCUAGAUCGAGCACCAAGCAUAGGUCUAAAUUUAUGACACUUCACCUAAAGAUGGCUACAUCUUGAUUUGAGUGAAAAUUUCUUGAAAGGAUUUUUUAAAAAAAAAACAACAAAUAUCACUGAGUCAUUGAAGUAAUAUCACUAAAUAAUAUUAAAUACAUGUAAAUACCAACACGCCACCUCAUGCUUCUUCACAUUCUUCCAUUCCUUACCCACUAGCUUUGAAAUUGAUAAUUUUAGAAAAAAGAUAGACAAGAUUUUCAAUGUUCGAGCUAUAUAAAGUAUAUGAUAUUAGGCUCCAGAGCCACAAACCUAAGCUAGUUCAGCUCUGUGCUGGUGAUAGGCCACAUUAAGUCUUCCAAGGCGAGAUAAAUGCAAAAUAAAAAGAAAAGAACUGAAAUUUUUUUUGCAUUUGUUUAUUGUAAAGUGUUUAGUCAAUUUUGUUCAAAUCAUGGCCCCAAUGGCUUAUAAGGAUCAACUGGGUUCUAAGUUGUUGCACAGGAAAAUAUUUCAAAAGUCUCUAAACAACAAUGGUGGCUAUAAUUCAAAAAGUUGAUAUGCAAGCAGCCAUCUUUAUGUAGUGUUCUCAAUUCCAGGAUAAGACCACAUUAAGGACACCAAUUACAGGGGAUGACUAAGGUCCAAGACAAAGGAGUGAAAAUUGUCAGAGCAAAAUUUUUGUAAUUUGCAGGAAUCCAUUUGUAGUGUGGUUUCAAGUCCUGGCUGAAGGUGUAGUGAUUUUUUUUCCAUGGACAUAUGCAUUUCAUAUGUUACUCAUUUCCUCAAGAACACUUGGUACUCGAUUUUAAUACUCUGGUGUCAUUUUUUCCAUUGUUUAUAUGGUUGUGCCAGAUCAAGAAUAUAAAUGAUGGAUGGAUUGUCCACAAUUAUAUUUAUCAGCUGCCACAGAAAAGUGCCAAUAUCACAGCGAUAAGUUUAUUUGAGCUUUGAAAUGUGCAGCCCCCUUGUGUAAAUUAAAAAAAUUUUGAUAAUGACCUUCAGGGCAAUGGUUCAAAGUUUGAGCCGCUUACAUUUUUUCAUAUGAGUAAAGUGACUGGGAUGUGGGUGUCACUGUCCAUCUUACAGUUGUUCUAUGUAUAUGUAUGAUCAGUAUUCAUGUCUUCAUAAAGGAAUUAAUUAUUUAUUUUCUACGACAUGUAAUAAUAAAUUCUUUGAUAAAAUU